GAGCAUCACCGGGGGUGGGGAGGGUGGGGAAGGGGGGGUGCCCAGCGACGCUGCCACACCGACCCCCUGCCCAUUCCUCCUGAAGGAACUCUCAUGGCUUCACAGCUGCAGACAAGUUGCUCUGCAUCUUGGUGGACUAUCGCAGUUUGCAUCCUGGCUGCAGCGCUUCUACCAGGGCUGCAAGCUCAGACUGUCUUAGUCAAUGACACAGUCUCGGGGUUCAUCGGGUCCGACGUGGUCCUGCACUGCAGCUUCACCAAUCCGCUCCCGAAUGUGAAGAUCACACAGGUCACGUGGCAAAAAGCCACGAAUGGCUCCAAGCAGAAUGUGGCCAUCUACAACCCUGCCAUGGGGGUCUCCAUCCUGUCUCCCUACAAAGAGCGGGUGACUUUCCGGAACCCUUCCUUCAAAGAUGGAACCAUCCAGCUAUCUCGGCUAGAGCUGGAGGAUGAGGGAGUUUACAUCUGUGAGUUUGCUACCUUCCCAACUGGCAACCGGGAAAGUCAGCUGAACCUCACUGUGCUGGCCAAGCCCACAAAUCGGAUGGAGGGCACCAAACGGCCGCUUAUUGCUCAGUCUGGCAGGACAGAAAAGAUCUUGGUAGCUACCUGCACCUCCUCUAAUGGGAAGCCCCCCAGCACUGUCACCUGGGACACCAAGCUCAAAGGAGAAGCAGAGUUUCAGGAGAUCCGGAAUAGCAAUGGCACCAUCACAGUGAUCAGCCGGUACCGCAUAGUGCCGAGCCGAGAAGCCCACCGGCAGCAGCUCAUGUGUGUGGUCAAUUACCAGCUGGACCGCUUCACCGACAGCAUGACCCUCAACGUUCAGUAUGAGCCAGAAGUCACCAUUGAAGGCUUUGACGGCAACUGGUUUCUCAACCGCAAGGAUGUGAAGCUGAUAUGCAAAUCUGAUGCCAACCCCCCAGCUCACACCUAUGAAUGGAAGCUGCCAAACGGGACUCUGCCAGGGAGCGUAGAAAUCCAGAACAACACCAUCUACUUUAAAGGGCCUGUCUCCUAUAGUGUGGCUGGCACCUACAUCUGUGAGGCCUCCAACGCCAUCGGCACACGGUCGGGCUUGGUGGAAGUCAAUGUCACAGAUAAGCCGUUACCUCAGGGUGCCCCAGGAGGCAUUAUUGGGAUCGUGGGUGGAGCCAUCGCCGCGGCUCUCAUCAUCGGUGUGGUUGUCACCGUAAUUAUUGUCUACAGGCGGCAGCAGAAGAACCGCACCGAAACGGACAAUGACCUAAUUGAUUUGCCUCCAUCCCACAAACCUGCCCCUCCACCCAAGAGGAAACAGGAGAUGAAAAGCCACCUGACUGCAGAAGACAUCCAGGUGGUUCACCUCGACAACAUGAAACACGAGGAGGAAAUCCAGAAGCUCCCUUUGCAGACUCCGUACUACGACAUGGCAGCCACUGAACCCUCUCCCUACACCGACAAACUGAACUUUGGAAAGUGUCACUCAGAGAUAUCGAAUGCGAGUGAUUACCUGACCCGCUGUUACUCACAUGAAGAUCGAUAUCUGGAGAAGACCCCUCAUGUCUAUACCCCCUUGUCAGACCUCCCACAAGAUCUUUAUCCUCACCAUUUUGACAUCUCCUUCUGCUGCCCACCUCCCGGUUCCCGGGCUCCUUACAUCUGUCCUAAGGAACAGUAUGUUUAAAGUGUCAACACGGCAAAAUGAAGAAGCUCAUGUUUUUCACUUCUCCUGACCCUGUCGCUCAACAACCAAGGCCUUUCAGACCCCCUCCCCUUUGCCAUCGCUUAUUUUAUUUAUUGAUUUUUCAAUUUGGGUGCGAUUGUAACUGACAUCAUUAGGUUCAUUAUCUGCCUGGCUUGUUAAUGCUCAAGGGAACACUCUGCCUUCGCCCACGUCUCAUUCAGUAUUUGCACCUUUCUUUUCUCAUCCCGGCCCUCCUGUAUCCAGCUGGCUAUGUGUGUGCAUGUGUCUGUGGGUGACAGCUGCCCUGUGUUGGAUGGGAUGUGCCCAACCUGAUUAAAUGUCCGUAGGUUCCCUUGUGUCAAUCUCUACGCUGUUUGCACCGGAGUAGCCGGUACGGAUUCUUCACAGCCCUUGUCCAGCCUGUGUGAAGUUCUACAGCUCAGCCAGUGCUCAAAUCGGAGGCUGUAGCAAUUUCCCCCCUCCCUCUUCUGGAGAAAUUUGUUUUCCCCUUGGCAGUAGGGAUAGGAAAUCCCCGUUGUGAAGAACUAAACAGCCAAGGUUUCUGAAUAGAACGAUAAGAUGCUUAUAAAGAAAGAUGCUCAAAACCAACCCAAUAAUAGAAGAAGGGGCUUGGUUUUGGGGGUUUGUUUCUGUCCUUUUCCCUUCCUGCUCCUGAUCUCUUGGAUUGACUCUUCUUGUAGUGUGGGGAUGUAUUUUGAAUCCAAUGCAUUUUUAGUAAGCAUCCUUUAAAUAACCAAAAAAAAGAAAACAAAACCAAACCCAAAAAUCCAAAGGGGAAAAGAAUUAGAAAGGAAACAUUCUCUCUAAUUUUCCUUUUCAGAGCCUAACGUGACCCCCCACUAGCUUUUCCCCCUCUCUUCCUUGCAUCUGUUGAUUGGAAUUUUAAAAUGAACUCAGGCGGAAUAUAAAGAAUAAAUUAAGAUUUCAGGUAAUCUUCUUGCCCUUAACAAAGGAUAAAAGCCAAUGGAGGAAUCUGGCCUUUUAACUUUUUUAAAAGCAUCUUAGUUUUGGGACGACAGAUUUUUUUUUUAUAUUGGAAUGUGUGUGGGUGUGUAAAUCUGAGCGUGUGCAUUCCUGUAACCACAACGUGUUUUAGAGAAGGGGAUUUAUCUCCACAUCACGUUUGUGUUCACUUGUAUUAGAGGAAAAAUAAAUAUAGCUAUACACUUAAAAUGUAUAUAAAAGCAAAGAAGAGGAAGAGGAGGAAAAAAAAGGAAUGAACAUCCUGUAUAAGAGCUUGGUUCCAGGGAUAAUUUUCAUCUGUUUCACCCAGGUAUGGCAUAGAAGAGAUGACGGCUGGGACAGUUCUGAACAAGGGGCUAUGCCUAUGGCAAAUGGGCAUUUACUUUCCUUUGUCUUGGGCUGGGCACUUGGCAUUCUACAGGCACUGCACACUUAAUAUCUCUCUGGAAACCAUGAGGAUGUUUGAGCAAAGUGCAUGAGGGAGGGAGAGAUGGGGGCCACACCAUUAUCCUGCUGCCCAGACACCAAAAAAAACCACUUCAGUGCUGCUUGUACAAAUAAGAAGUGAAACUGUCACCAAGACAAAAGCCUCCCCGUAGAGGAGGUCUGACUACGGUGUUGGAUGCUACCAGCCCGGCUCCUGCCGUGUCCCACGGACUGAGGCAUCGUUUUAUUUUUGUAUAUCUGAAUCUAGACAGCUAUCGUUGCUCUAUGCACUUUCUGUGUUCCCAUCACCUACAGUAGCCCCAAGACUCACUCUGCUUUUCCCUCUCCUUCUGCAGAGAAGCACAUCUGUGUUCACACUACCUCGUGGUAGGCUGAUAAAUAGAUCUGUAUAUAAGAGAGAAGUUUAUACUUCAGUUAGGCAAUAUAGCACUGUGUGAGGAUGACACCACAUGCAUGGAUCCAUGGAUCCCACUGGGCCCUUGCACAGCAUACAACACGCCCUUGGAGAACCAACUCUUUCCACUCCUCUUCCCCUGCUUCCCCGAUGCACGUUGCCACUUUCCUUUGUGAGGACAGCAUGGUAGCUGGUCACGAAGACAAGGUUUCAUCUCUGUGGCAGCUGUACCAUGCGGGGAGGUGGUUUCCUGCUGACAGGUUGUUGUAUAGCUAGGAUCCCUGGCUCUGCUUGGCGGGGUGAGGUGCGGAUGAAGAAGCACUCAUGCAUCGCUUGGCCAAGCAGAAAUGGCCAAUACCUUGAACAGGCAUAGCAGCUUUCACGUGUGCUAGUGCACGGAGCUCUCUCAUUCCUGGAGGAUCAGGGGACUAUACAGCCUUAGAGCGUUAAACACAACUUUUCCAAUACCAUCCUUUCGGUCUUGACCUAUGGAACCCUUUUUGGAGUCAUUUGGAUUACAUUUCCUCUGCCAGUGGCCAGAGAAUUCAGCCAGUCAUUUCCUUACACCAACGGACUCUAGUGUUACGUGUCUUGAUUCAGAUAAUGUAUUUCUCUCUCUUGUUUUCUUCUCAGUAUACCUUGGGGUACUUUCUGGUUACCACAGAGCUGGAAAUUGGGUGUGCUCUGAACUGAAGCCACAGCCAACACAUUCACCCCAGCAAGGGAACCAUGCUUUGGAGUCUGCGAAAUCUGCCUUAGGUCACUCUGUUUGGAAAGGUGAUGGUGUGGGAAAUCCCAGGGGUCUCUGACAUCCUGGAAGCAACCCCGCAGCACUGACCAUGGAGAAAAAGCAAGUAAAAGCUCAUUACACACUUGCCCGUUUGCAUGCCUGUAAGAGCAGGAUGCUGCCUGGCAAUUAAAGUAGACUUGAUUGGAGCCUUCACCUGAUGCAGUUUCAGACAGAUCAAAGAAUUUAAAUCAGAAAUGGAAUACAGUCAGAUCUUCAGAUAUUUAAAGAAACAAGCUAGACAAAGUGAUUGUUUGCCAGAGGAGGCAGAGAACAUGUUGCAGGUGGGUUUUCUGCCAUUUGUGGCUGGAGGGGCAACGCUUUAAUGAGGAAGGGGAACGCUGCAGCGCUGCAGAAAAACUCUGGUUGCCUUGUGCGGCUUUGAAUUUGAGCUGCCCACAAAAGACUCUGCUUUUCAGCAAAGCAAGAGGAUUUUAUUCCUCCUUAGGAAGCGAAAAAGCAAGAACAGCCUAAACUCAAAGCAGUAGUUUGACUUAUGUCAGCACAUAUAUUAAGCUUAGGAAUGUCUUGGUUCUCUUUGCCUCUUAAAAUUCUCUCAUCUCCUUAUGAACUGGGUUGGUCUCGAAAAAAUGGCCAAAGAGAGUCUCCACACAUCACCAAAUCCCUUUGUACCUUAGAAAAAGAGGGAAAACCUCUGAAGAAUAACCCUGAAGAGAUAAUGAGGUUCAAGGCCGUUGUUUUAGUUUAACAAAACUGCGUUUAGCAGUAGUUCUGAUUCAGGGCUCUUAUCCUCCCUCCCUUUCUGUACAACUGCACAAUUGUUACCUAAUAUCUAUUUCCAAACUGUGCUGAACCUGUUGCCAUGGGCUCAACACUGGCUUUGCUCCAUGAUAAAGUUGCCCAUGCCUGUGGUGACCUCGCAGGUGCAGAAGCUCUGCUGCAGCGAUGCUGAUGAGAGGUGUUCCCCACCUGCCAUGGAGCAAAAUGGUAUUAAACGCUCCCUUCUCUGGGAACAGAGUCAUCCAGCAGCGUUGUUGGGGGUAGAUUGCUGAACAAGCUGAAGAGGGAGCUGGUGAAGUGUGUUUGUGCAUCCAGUGGGGUGGCAGCAUAUGGGAGGAACUGGCAUCUGAUUUCUGUGUCUUGCUGGUGUGACACAUGAAACCAUUCUUCCUGUCUCCCAACCUCCCUGUCUGCUUUCGCUCAUCAUUACUGGGGUGAAAUGUCAUCAUUUCUGUUCCAUAUGUUGGUGGCAGUGACACGAGAGCUCUUGCAGAUGGAAAAGCCUGAUCACAGAACUUAAAUAAAAGCGAA